GCCCGGUCUCCCCUCGCUGUCCGGCUCGGCUCGGCCCGGCCUUCCCUCACUGCCCGACUUCGCAGGUGCCAUCGCACUGGAUCCGGCCGCUGGAGGUGGGUCAGAGCCACGUGCUGGGCGAGGAGGUGACGGUGACGCUGCUGGACUCCAACCACUGCCCCGGCUCCGUCAUGUUCCUCUUCGAGGGCGCCUUUGGCACCAUCUUGUACACAGGGGACUUUCGCUACACCAGCGCCAUGCAGGGCGAGCUGGCACUGCGGGGACGCCACAUCGACUGCCUCUACUUGGACAACACGCACUGCCACCCGCACCGCGCCCUGCCCUCACGGCACCGCGCCACCUGCCAGGCUGCCCGCAUCAUCCGAGCACACCCGCAGCACCACGUUGUCAUCGGUGUGUACAGCCUGGGGAAGGAGACGCUGCUGGUGGACCUGGCGCUGGAGUUCAGGACCUGGGUGGUGGUGAGUCCCUGGCGCCUGGAGCAGAUGAAGCUGCUGGAGCUGCCUGAUGUGUUCACCACCGAGGAGGGGGCAGGAUGGAUCCGUGCUGUGGAUGUUGGGGAGAUCCGCAGCGAUACCCUCGUCAGCUGGAACGCUCUGCACCCUACCAUUGCCAUCCUCCCUACCGGCAGGCCGGUGAGGGUCACCCACCCCAACAUCCACCCCAUUCCCUACUCAGAUCACUCAUCGUUUUCAGAACUCUGCGAGUUUGUGAAGUGGCUGAAACCUUGCUCGGUCAUUCCAAUCCUGAAGAGUAAAAUGUGCCAAGCUUACUUUGAGCAAUACUUAAGUUCUGCCUCCCAGACACUUUCUGACCUCAAAAUCCCAAAGCUUGUGCAAAAGUCUGUGGAGAAGCCAAGCCAAAAGAAGGAGUGGGAACCCCCAUGUCUCUUGAAGAAAGCUGCUCAGCGUUCAGUGCCCCAAGGAGUGGUUUAUGAGUCCCCAGAGAAAUACACUGAGAAAUCUGGAGAGUUCACGGGUGUUCAGGUUGCUCAGCAGAACUCCUGCAAGUCAGGUUUCUGCACUUUGCAUCUCACAGGCGAGGAUGAGAUGAGUGGAGAACAGCGAGGAGCCACAGGAGGAGGCAGUGCUGCCAGCCAGGCCCCUGUGCAUGAUGAGCACUUUCCAGCUGGACUUGCAGAGCAGUACCUACUCACUCCUUUAAAUGUGCUAAAGCAGUUUUCCCCACAGACAUUUGACAAGCUGGUAGAAGAUUUCUUUAGAAGGGGAGAAGCAUCCUGAAAAAUUGUGUGAUGCUUCCCAGUGCAAUUGACAGUGAUUCUGGAGGUCUUGCUGCUGCAUCCCACCCUGCUCCAGUUCCUCUUCGGAAGAGAGGACCUCAGCUGUGGGGCUCUACUUUCUUUAUUAGAGGGCAGGGAGGAAAUUUGAACUAUUUGUUUCCUAUUUAUUUAUUUUUUAUAUCUGUUGG